AUGCCUCUAACACCUAAAGAAAGGCAGAAACUUUAUCGAGAACGGCUGAAAGAAGUAAAUCCUGAAAAAUUUAAAUUGCAGCAAAAACAAAAUGCAGAAAGAACAAAAAGAAAUAGAAAAAGAAUAGCAGAAUAUCCUUUAUCUGAUCAAGAAAUCAUUAGAAAGCAGUGGAGAGAGAGAAAGAAGAAAAGUAAGAAAGAACCUAAGCCUGAAGUAGUGCCUUUAGAACGACAAAUUUUAACACAGAAGAGAAAUUAUAAUAGAAGGGUCAUUUAUAGACUGAAAAAUGAAAACACAAAGCUAGAAGAGGAAUUAAAAAAAUAUAAAAAGUCGUUGAAAAAAAUUAGGCAAAGAUUAAACCGUUCUAUGGAAAAAAAUAAAAAGUUACUUGAAAUUAUUGAGGAGAAAAACCAAAUGAUUCGUAGCUUUGAAGACAGGUCAAGCCCAAUUGCCAAAAAAGAUAAAGCCCUUGAACAAAUGACCCCCGUUUCGAAAACGUGCGCAUACAUUGAUCAAAAUUUACCUAGUAUUCGACCUGAAGAAAGAGAAAGCGUGAAAAAAGUUUUGCUAGAACAUAAUGUAAUAGUGGGCACUAUAAAAGACAGCUACAAAAGUAAAAACACUCAAGAAAAACGAUUAAUUAAAGAUUUUUUUUACCAAAAGUGA